AAACAUCCUGCUUAGCAAUUAGAAUGAAUAUAAAAUGGCGGCAAAAUCUGGCAGACCUCCACUUUCGCAUACGCACGAAUAUAAUCAUGAUUUUCCUUGGCGUUCUCUGUGGUAUGUUCCUGGUGUUUGGGGAAUCACUAUCUGCAACCCUAAAAGAUGAAGAGUUUCAUGCCAGUGAAAGAGACCUUCGACGGGAAAUUUUCGAGAAUUAUGACAAGCUCGUUCGUCCAGUUAAGUCGCCUUCUACGAGCAUACAAUUUUCUGUAAAUCUGACUCCAUUACAAGUAAAAGAAGUGGAUGAAUACAAUCAGUUUAUUGUACUGGACAGCUGGAUGGUUAUGAAAUGGACUGAUGACUAUUUGAAAUGGGACUUGGCUGAUUACAACAUAUCCGUUCUUCGACUGCCAGCUUCUGAAGUCUGGAAACCAGAUUUAUCUCUAUACUCUGCCACUCCAGAUACUUCGCUCUUCCCUAUUACACAAACCCAAGUACUAGUAUACAACAAUGGAGACGUGCUAUGGGUUCCACCGUACACGAUCAAGUCAAGAUGUCCAAUGUCAUCCCUGAAAAAGAACCAUAAAGGCAUCAUCGAAUGCUGUAUUAAAUUUGGUUCCUGGACGUACAGUGAAAAUGAGCUGGACUUGCAAUUGCAAGCAAAAAAGGUUGAUGUUUCUAACUUCCUUGACAUCCAUCCUGAGUGGAAGUUAGUUCACGUGCUAUCUGAGAGAAAGAAUAAAAAGUACCCAUGCUGUGUCGAAAAGUAUCCUUCUGUUGAGUUCAACAUCACCAUGCGUCGUAGAUCGCCGUAUCUUAUUGAGAAGAAAAUAUUUGAAUAAAUGGACUGUUCGUGAUGAUCUUGUUAAUCACGACACUUCUAGAAGUAGAAAGAUUCCUUGUAAGGAUAUAACUUCUCUGUGUGAAAUCGCAAAAUUGUACUGCUAUUGAAAUAAAGGAUAUAAAAACUUUUUAUAAUGUAUUCCUAUUUAUUUAAUGAAGAAAAAAUAUGUUUAUGAAAUGCAUCAAGAAGUUUCAAGAUCUCCAUGAUGAGGAAAGGCUCAAAACAGUUAAUAAACAGUUGUGUUGAAAUGA